UCGAUGGGUCGUAGAAAUAAAACAAUUAAUAAAACUGGUCAAGUUCAUUUUGCGGAACAAUCCAUUCCGAAUUUAAUGCAACAUUUAAUAAUUUCCAGUGAUGACUAUAUGAAACCAGAUGGAAGAGGAUUAAUUACGAGUCCAUCAGUAAAUACAUUGAAUCGUUUGGAACGAGCGAAAAUUGUAUUCUGGUUUCGACCAUUACAAACAGCGCACUAUGCAUUUCGUGAAACUGUUUAUCUUUUGAAACAGUUGAGAAAGCGGAUUGUAUUAUCGUUGUUGCUUCUAUGUAUGUUGUUAAUGUUGGUAUACGUUAUUCCUGGUCGUCACCAGAGUUAUGUAUUACUAAUCGAAAAGCAGAUUAUGUUAUGUUUUUAUUGGUUAGGUCUCGGUGUUUUAUCGUCAAUUGGAUUAGGCACGGGUUUACAUACAUUUAUUCUUUAUUUGGGACCACAUAUUGCUUCGGUAACAAUGGCAGCUUAUGAAUGUAAUUCGUUGGAAUUUCCUAAUCCACCCUAUCCAGAGAUGAUCAUCUGUCCAAAUGUUGAAGGUGUUGUAGGGAAAGCUGUAACUAUCUGGGCGAUAAUGUCUAAGGUAAGAUUUGAAGCUUUAAUGUGGGGAGCAGGUACGGCGCUUGGUGAACUUCCUCCCUAUUUUAUGGCAAAGGCAGCAAGAAUAUCUGGUGAAGAGCCAGAUGAUGAAGAAUAUAGGGAAUUUUUGGCCUUUAUAAAUCAGAAUUCUCCUCAUACACCUUCUUUUACUGAUCGUUGCAAAAUAACGAUGGAAAAGAUUGUCGCUAACCUUGGAUUCAUUGGAAUACUUGUUUUUGCAUCGGUACCGAACCCUUUUUUUGAUUUAGCAGGAAUUACUUGCGGUCAUUUUCUUGUGCCAUUUUGGACAUUUUUUGGAGCUACACUUAUUGGAAAGGCAAUUUUAAAGAUGCAUAUACAGAACAGUACGAUGUUGCAAAAGAUGUUGGCUUGUUUGGUAACAGGAAUGAUUUUGUGGUUUGCUAUUUCAAUUCUUAAUUCUCUGGCACAAAGAUGGCAUAAGCGGCUAUUGAUUUCUUAUCUUAGCUCAUAA